UACGACCAGCCGAACCCGACGACCACGACGCGCCCGCCUCCUCCGCUCGCCCAUUGGCUCCGAAGAUGGCGCCGCGGCGCCGCAUUGGCCCGGGCGGGGCCCGCCCCCGCGUGACGCACGGAUGGUUCUGGAAGAGUUUGGUUGGUCGGUGCGCUGUGCCGCUUGGCGCUUCUCCCCUCCCCCGCCUUUGAACUGAAUUCGCGGGAAAGGGCCGCUCGCUCCUCCGGCGCGGGGCAUGCCGGGACAGCGCGCCGCCCCCCGGCCCCGGCCCCGGCCCUCGUCCUCCCGCCAGCCGCCGGGCCCGAAGCCCCGGCAUUUCCCGACCCCUGCCCUGUGGCACGUCCCGGUGCCUCCGCGGCCGCGCAGCAGGGAGCUGGUGCCCCCCUCUCGCCUGAGGGAAGACGGCUGCUGAGGGGCUGCUCCGCUGCUCGAUCGUUCAAAGAGCCAGAAUGGUCGACAUAGAAGCUUGGGUUCUCCUUCCCACUCUCUGUCCAGCCCACCAAAUCCAGGUUUUCCAUGAGAGAAGUGAGAAAGCAGAAAUGCUACAGAACUGAGACAAACAAAAACGCUUCACGCAGAGAUGGGAAGACUGUAAUCUAGACAUAUUAAGCCGUGACAGUUUGCCAGAACUUCUCCUGCAAGGACCAACUGCUGGAGUUUUUCUAAAGAGGCUUCAUCAAAGAAGCAGCAGUGGCAGAAAACGGAGUGACCCUACAGGUGCAAGCUGCAGCAGUUCUCCCUCUGCUCUUCCCAAUAAGAUUUGUUGAAAUUCUCUGGAUCACAACGUCUUUAUUGAGUUACUGCUGGUUUUCAGGCAGAGGAGAGCACGGUGUUUAAAGAAUGAGGAGAGCACGAAGAUAGAAAUAGAAUUUCCUGGAGGUUUCCAGAAGAAAGGUGCUGUGUGAGAGGGGCAGAGCCGUGAGGAAUCCCACCAGAAGGCGACGUCCCCUCGCCUGGGCGAUGGCUCUGGCUGGAGAAGACACCCCAGGGGACCACCCAGCGGUUUGGGGGCUCCUGAACCGUUAAAGCCCAUCUCUCCGCCUGCCCUCCAGACGCCCUUACCCCCAGGACUCCACAAAACCGUUAUCUUUGGAGCCGGUUUCCCGUUGGAGCGCUCACCGGGACACCCCCACUCGGUGCCCUUUCCCCCGGCCGGCAUUUUGCCGUUGGGCGGCGGGGCCGCUCCCCGGAAGAUGGUGGGCGGGGCGGAGCGGCGCGGCCGGAAGUGGCGGCGGGGAAUGCCGGGCCGGGCGCACGCGUGAGGCGACGGCACCGGCGCUGUCAUGGCGGAGCGCAUCGAGCAGCGGCUGGAGGACCGCGUCCCGGAGCUUGAGCAGCUGGAGCGGGUCGGGCUGUUCACGCGGAAGGAGAUCAAGGCCGUCCUGAAGAGAGCCUCGGCCCUGGAGUAUAAGAUACAGCGGAGAGCGCUUCGGAAGGAGGAUUUCAUCAAUUAUAUUCAGUAUGAAAUUAAUUUGCUGGAACUGAUCAAGAAGAGAAGAGCACGCAUUGGAUAUUCGUUUAAGAAGGAUGAAAUUGAGAACUCUAUUCUGCAUAGAGUCCACAGCCUCUUCAAACGUGCUAUAGGAAAAUGGAAGGAUGAUAUCCAGCUUUGGCUUUCACAUGUUGCAUUUUGCAAGCAAUGGAAUGCGAAACAUCAGCUUAGUAAGGUGUUUUCCUCCAUGUUGGCCAUUCAUCCCAACAAACCAGCACUGUGGAUUAUGGCAGCAAAGUGGGAAAUGGAGACAAGACUCUCGUCAGAAAGUGCGCGGCACUUGUUCCUUCGUGCUUUGCGCUUCCAUCCAGAGUGCGCAAAACUUUACCAAGAAUAUUUCAGAAUGGAGCUGAUGAAUGCUGAAAAACAGAGGAAGGAAAAGAAGGAAUUUGAACGAGCAAAGAUGGACUUGGGGGAAUUCAAUUACUCUGAAGAGAUUCUCAAUGGGGAAAUGGCUCGCAUAAUCUACAGGGAUGCUGCUCAGAAAAUUAAAGGUGUUGAGUUCCAUCUGGCUGUGCUUUCUAUUGCAAAGCUCUUUGAUUUUACCCAAGAUUUGCAAAAAGAAAUUCUUGAAAGUUUGCAGACCAAGUUUGCUGAUGAUCCUCUUACCUGGGACUACAUGGCCCGUCGUGAGCUGGAGCUGGGGUCGCCGCAGUCCACGGAACACACCACAAAACAGAUGAAAGUAUCUGAAAUGACCCAGAGAGAGGAGCGGUGCUCUGCAGUCUUUGAAGAGGCUGUGAGAGCAGUCCCAACAGAGGACAUGUGGAAAUACUACAUCACUUUUUGCUUAGAGAGGUAUAACAGGAAAACCAACAGUGACGGAUUAAAGCAAAAGAGGCUGGAGAGGACACUAAGUGUGUUCAGCAAAGCUCAUGAGUCCAGUUUGCUGCCAGAAGCUCUCUAUAAGCAGUGGCUUCAACUAUUACUGGAAUCCAACCUCUUUGAGAAGGCUGUGGAGGUGGCAGAAGCUGCAACAAAGCGCUUCAGCCUGUCAGUGGAAAUGUGGCAGAUGAGGCUGCAGGUGCUGAUCCAACUGAAGAGUGACGACGUGACCCAGUGUUUUGAAGAAGCUAUUAAGCAUAUAAAAUCCAAGAGCACUUUGCCAUUAUGGACCCUCUGGGUGGAAUGGAGUGAAGGCGCGAAGAGCAAGGAAGACACGGAAACCCUUUACCAGAGAUCCUUAUGUGCCACAACUCACGCUGAAUCUGUGACUAUGAAAGAAAAGUAUCUUGACUGGACAUACAGAAAUGGUGGCUAUAAGAAAGUUAGAAGAGUCUUUAACAGCCUGUGUGAAAAUCGUCCAUUUUCACUUGACUUCUUCAGGAAGAUGAUCCAAAUCGAAAAGGAGCAAGAAUCCUGCAAAAUGCUUCAUCUGAGAGAAUACUAUGAACGUGCCUUGAGAGAAUUUGGCUCAACGGAUUCUGAUCUCUGGCUAGAUUAUAUCAAAGAGGAGCUAAGUCACCCCCAGGGCAAACCAGAAAACUGUGGGAGCAUUCACUGGCGAGCUAUGAAGAUGCUGCAGGGAGACCUGGUGGAAGAUUUUGUUUCUAAAUACACUUUAUUGCAAACUGGACAUUUAUGAAAAACUAUAAAUAUUUACAACGUGACUGUGGAUUUUUUUACUUUGUACAAAGGUAAAUGUCUGCUCAGAUCAUAUUAAAGUGUACCUUCUUUACAUUCUUGCAUUUGUGUAAAGAAAAAAAAAAAGCCCUCUGGUCAAUUGCA